AUGGCGUCAAAUCAAGCAGUUCUGUUUUCCAUUUUUCUCGUUAUCCUUUCAGUUCAAUAUCAUUUGAUUAUCAUCAAUGUACCCCGUCAGGAUAUCCUCGACGGCAUAAAGCGGUGCGCUGAAACACCCGGCAAGAUCGCCCUCUUCAACGAAAUCGCAUCGCACGUCCACGGCAAGCUGGCAGAAAAUGGAGAGCCGGAGGCUAAGAGACGAAAAGUUCAAGCUGGCGCUGGCACGAACGGGGUCGCGAAUGGCUCUGCCCCGGCUGGGAACCCGGCCGACGAGCCCGUGUUGCUGCACGUAAAGGAGAUCUCAGUCUCAGUGCCGCAGAGGAAAAAGUUUGAGCUAUGCUUUACACAAAGCUUCCUAUAUGCGCGCGCUCCAGGAACAACAGUCCCUAUUCAGGGCAUGGUCUAUGCUUGGACCAACAUUGAAUUUGCCUUUUAUCUUCCCGUCCCCGAAAAAGCGCAAGUACAGCACAACUACGUCUUGUUCCCCCGCGGCUCGACGAUACCACCCAAGUCCGGCCCGGCGCCCGUCGAGCCGCUCGUCUUCACAGUUCCUGCCACGGCCCCCAAGGACGGAACGAUAGGGGGAAGCGAGGCUGGCAUGGCUGCCGCCGUCUCGGACACAUACAAGGGCCUGUUUCACUGGGUACUCAACAAACGCCUACUUGCCGCCGGCAGCGACGUCAACAUUGUCUCGUCAGAUCCCAAUAAAUUCCACAGCAUGGUCAGGCAACCGCAUCGGCCCAACGAAAAGGCCGUACACGUCAGCGGAUUCAGAGGCUCAAAGGAUGGGUAUCUGUUUUUCCUGGAAACCGGCAUCCUGUGGGGCUACAAGAAGCCUCUCAUCUUCAUCCCGCUCAAGCGCAUUGCCGCCGUGAGCUACACCAACAUUCUCCAGAUCACGUUCAACAUUGUCAUCGAGGUGUUCCCCGAGGAGGGCAACGUGAAUGAUGAGUAUGAGUUUGGCAUGAUAGACCAGCAAGACUACGGCGGCAUCGACGACUACAUCAAGCGCAACGGCCUGCAGGACGGCAGCAUGGCGGAGCAGCGCAAGGGCAAGCUGCAGCUGGCCGAGAACAAGGCCAAGAAGGGCGCCGACGGCGAGGCGGCGGAUGGCGCCGACGAUGGCAUGACGGAGCUGCAGCGUGCGGCGCUGGGCGGGGACCUGGAGGACGACGAUGAGGACGAGGAAGACUACGACCCUGGCGAGGAUGAAGGAAGCGAUGGAUCUGGUGAAUCGAGUGAUGAAGAUGACGACGAUGAUGACGACGAUGACGAUGACGACGUCGGGGAGGAGGAGGAUGAAGAUGGUGAAGGAGAGGGCGAGGAAGAGGAUGCAGCAGAUGAAGAAGCCCCAGGACUGUCAAUUAGGUAG